AUGCGCUUGGGCCGGCCGUAUCCAUCGUUCACCUCCAACCCCAGUGAACAUACUUUGGAGAUCUCGACUGCCAACCUGACCUCGCAGCUCCGAACCCUGUUGAAAAUCGCUUCCAUCCCUGCGCGUACGGGUCUCAGCUUGGAAGCCGCAGAAUCCCUGGCGUUGACGUGCCUCUCCACCCACCUCUAUCCCGACCUAUACACGGCUCGUCCCAUCGUAUCCGUACUCCUCAACUACUUCAAGCGACCGCAAGUAGUAACAAGAAUUGCAACCAAUUUGCGCGCUUCAUGUGAAUCGGUUGCCGUACCGUGCGAGUUGGUUGUGAACGUUGACAACCCGCAUGAGGCAGCGGCCUGGGCGGGGCAGGCCGGUUUUGUCAUACCCGUGUUCUCCGCCAACCUGCACGAGGCACGGGGCUACAACCGGGCGGCUCGACUGGCCCGGGGGAAGUACCUGAUCGUGUGGCAGGAUGAUCAAAUUCCCCCAACCAACGGCACGUGGAUUACCCAGAUGAUUCGAAUCUUCGAGACCUACCCCCGCCUGGGCAUCCUUGGCAUGAACGCCUACCGGUUGUGCCGCCAAAAGGAGCGCGGGAAUCGUUGGGGCCCAGCGGGCUGGGACAUCGACCCGCGGGUCGGUGUUCCCUGGACUUACGCGCAUUUUGUUGACUUUGCGCCGAUGGCGGUAUCGGCGCGGGCUUUUUGGGAGCUGGGUGGGCUUGAUGAGGGGUUGUCGCGGCGGGGGGAUUGCGGUAUCGUCGGCGACUGGGAGCUGUGCGCGAGAGCGUGGCUGUCAGGCUGGCUGGUGGGUCACUUCUCCUGGGAGGGCCGGGCCGGGGAUGGGGCCGGCAGCACACACUCACCCGUGGCGGCGGAGGCGUGUUGGAACCGCCAGAUGGACGUCGGUCAGCGCUUCUUCGCCAAGAGGUACAUCGAGCAAGCCGCCUUCUUCCAGGAAUUGUGCGAACGCGUCUGGACACUUAACAUGCUUUCCUUCACGCUCUCCCAGCCUGAGAAGUGCCCGUACGGCAAUGCAACCUACGGCUGGUCAAACUCCGAAUACGCCAACUGUACGGCACCGUCAUUGCCAGAUCAGCGGGCAGCACUGGCCGCAAGAAUGUACUUGGACUUCAUCACCACCACCAGCGGCACCUAG